AUGCUGGUGGUUAUCACGGCUCGCAAGGCUGUGCAUGUAACAGAGGACAAUCAGAUCAAUCUCAAACAUUGGAUGGCCCCGUUGGUGGACUCCGGUGCUGUAUUGGCAUUCAAGGACCCCCACUUGGACGCACCACAUGGCUUGGUGCUGCGCUGGGCUCGCCUUGCCCUCUCCUGCACCGCCAUGCCUGCAUCCUCCCGACCCUCCAUGAAUCAAGUGCUGGGAGAGCUGGUGAAGUUGAAGCAGGAGGCGUUCGGAGCACAUGAGAGCCAUGUGGGCGAGGCCACAUCUCGCAUAGACAUGGAGAUUGGGAGUUCCACUGGCUCCUCCACCUUCACAGCUGAAAUGGCCCUUGUGGAGCGCGAGGGCAUGCCAAGUGGCUCUUCCAUGUAA